CUAAACAGCUCUGACAAACACUUGAUAACAUCUUCCCAGAAUUUAUGUAUCUUGGGACAUUCCUAUAGACAGUGAAGAAGGGUUCCUUUUUUAAUUAAACAUUUAGUGCAUAUAUCUGGAAUAUUAAUAGACAUAUUAUGGAGAUUCAUGUACUAUUUACAUUCUCAUCAGCCAUUUAUAUUGCAGGAGUUGUGUUUAUCUUUUGUUUUUGUGCUUUUAAAUAAGCCUGAUUCCAAUCCACUUCAUCUGUGUCUUCUUGGAUAUCACUUCUUCAGGCACCUAACUUAUCCAUUGCCGAGUCAGUAGAAGGAGACAUCAGUGUAUCACAGAGGAACAAAACGCAACGUCUGACAGUCCCAGAAGAUGGCGCUGCCGCUAACAAAAUCCACUCCACUAUUAGGCUUAAACUUUUGAUGGACUUCAUGGUUUUUUUUUUUUCAUUUUAAACGUACGGAAGAAUUUAUGACAGUGAUCUUUGAAAUCGCAUUGCUAAAAAUGUAGUGUUAAUUAUGCUCUGAUUUUUUUCUACUGGAACAUUAACCCGGCUUUUAUUUGCAGUUUAUUCCAUAGUUGUUUUGUACCACUGCGUAGAAUCGACAUGAACGGAUUGUACCGUGACUUCUAUGAACACCAUACUUCUCUGGAUGUGCGCUGGGUGUGUAGGCAAUUUUUAAGCAGUUGGUGUAAACAUAGUGGAUGCAUGACCGGAUUUUCCGGUGUGGAACAAAUUCCUGUGAUUAAGGAAUUAAUUAAAUCUAGCAGUAGACAAAUGUAUGAACGAAGUAAUUUAACAGUGACCAACGAAAAUGUAAGAAUGUUACAUGAGGUGAUAUGUACUGGGUAUCCGCCUGAAUAUUCAAUGCACUGGAUGGGGAACAUUAUAAAUAAAUUCACGGGGUAGGAAAUAAGAGUUUCAGCGUCAUUAGUCACGGCUGCUACCGUGUACUAUACUGUACCUCUUAACGGCAUGACUUGUAAUUUGGCACCACAUACGCCCCCGCUGUUCUCCCCAUCAUCGGACUUCCCACACGGUGCCCCGGAGCAGUCCAGCUCGGCUCGCACAUUGAAGCACUUAGAGCGGACUGGGGUUCCGUACACUGGGACAUUCCACCAACUCAUAAGUUAUAUGGUCCCGCAAAACAGGGUCGUUUACACUGACAAUUGGUUGGUUGAGACUAACUAGGCAAAUACAUUACGGGUUUAUACUGCGCAAGCGCAACUGGAUGCACCCCUCUACUGAAAAGGAAUCAUUUGCGGUACUGGUCUUAUCCACGGACCACUGCCGUCAGGAGAUUCUCGUUGUCCGACUCUGUGAUUUCCAGUGUCCCCCGUGUUUUGCAUUCGAAGACUGUUUGCCGUAGAGCUCUCGCAUUCUGCAUAUGUUCGGAGAUGGUGAAAAGAUUCAUAUGGAAUAGAAGUUAAGAAAACGUCAGUAUGAGUUGGUCUCUUGGGCAGAGCAGAAGCAGUUCGUGAGAAGAUCCCGGCGCGUAUGGAUUACAUGUAAAUCGGAGCUGGCUUCCGUGCAUCUCCGGGGAAAAGUUAUAUGAGACGUGUGUUACUUGGGAAGACAUGGGACAAGCUCUGCAUUACUUCCGCGCUAGUACUGGUUCAUUUGGGCUGCAUGGAUUCUGAUUUCAACGGUAGUUUGAGUCUUUGCUGUAAAAAAUGCACGCUCUACACAGUCAUCUGGAAAAACGCACUGGUCGUAUCACUCCUGUUCACAAUUAAUUGUUUUUCAAACUUUUCAAGUUGUUCAGCGGUGGGUAGCUAUUUAAGCAAACCAAAGGGCGCCGAAUAUUGUGGGGAGGGGUCACUUUGGAUUACAGAACACUCCUCUCGGAUGCUUUCUGUCGGCUUUUUACUUUUCUCUUGUCGGUCCAUCAUUAAACAGGCUGUCCAUUUUCCAAGGUUAGACCACGCAGGCUGACACACAGCUGUCACGCAGCCAAACCCGAGGGGCUGGUUCUGUUAUGCUCACUACAGGCUCAUUGAUGUCUCUCACCGUGGUCGCGACUCUCCUGCUGGCGGUCAUGGAGGUGCAGGCCACCGGCGAGUACUGUCACGGCUGGCACGACCCGCAGGGCGCAUGGCGUGACGGUUUCCAGUGCCCGGAGCGCUUCGAUGGUCAGGAAGCAAUCAUCUGCUGCGGAAAGUGCGAGCUCCGCUAUUGCUGUGCGAGCAGCGAAGCCCGGCUGGACCAAGGGACCUGCGACGACGACAAGCAAGCCGCAGGGCCGGGCACUGCAAGUAAGGAAGACAAAGACGGCGGCGCAGUGCCCAUCUACGUGCCCUUCCUCAUCGUCGGCUCGGUGUUCGUGGCCUUCGUGCUGGUUGGAUCUGCAGUGGCUGUGUGCUGCUGCCGCUGCCUGCGGCCCAAGCGGGAGCUGUCAUCAGGGGGGCGUGGUGCGGGUGGGGCUGGGGCGCGGCUGCUAGAGACCAUUCCCAUGAUGCCGAGUGGUGGGGCAUCCCGCGGUUCUUCGUCGCGCCAGUCCAGCACUGCCGCCAGUUCCAGCUCUUCCUCUGCCCAGUCAGGGCCCCGCCAGGCUCCGCCCCUUCAGCCAGCCAUGCCACGAGUGCCCCCUACAGUCUAUGCCAGCGUUCCAGCUGGCUUCUCCCUGGUUAGCUGCCCCCAGGCUCCACCUAUGCAGUUUCUCCAUCCGCAGUUCAUUGGUUAUGCCAUGCAGCAUGAGCCCCUGGCUCCAGCCCCUCCCACACCCGCCCCUCCCUUCCUUGACCCUGCCCAGGGGGGCUACCAGCCACUGCACUCACCCUUCCCUCCACCCACCAGUGUGACCAGUGAACAGAAGUACCCACCAGUGACUGUGUGAUGGGUGGAGUCAUAAAAGGAUGCCCCUCCCCCCCCCCGAAUAUUGUGGGGAGGGGUUAAAACGUGUGUAUUUGCGUUUGUGUUAAUGUAUGUGGAACUAGAUGGACAUACCUAUGUCCCACAGCCAUGUAAGAGAAAACUGUUCCAAGCUAGAUGCCCUGAUCUGUCCAGAGGCCCUUUCCCACUCCAGGGACUGUACUCCACCAGGGGCUAUGUUGCUCCCUGAUGACUAUCCUCUGGGCCCCCGUCCCAUGCUGUGUACUGUCCUCUGGGGCCCCGUCCCAUGCUGUGUACUGUCCUCUGGGGCCCCGUCCCACUCUGGAGACUGUCCUCUGGGGCUCCGUCCCACUCUGGAUACUGUCCUCUGGGGCCCCAUCCCACUCUGGAGACUGUCCUCUGAGGCCCCGUCCCACUCUGGAGACUGUCCUCUGGGGCCCCGUCCCAGACUGGGAACUAUCCUCUGGGGCCCCGUCCCACACUGGGAACUAUCCUCUGGGGCCCCGUCCCACUCUGGAGACUGUCCUCUGGGGCCCCGUCCCACACUGGGAACUAUCCUCUGGGGCUCCGUCCCACUCUGGAAACUGUCCUCUGGGGCCCCGUCCCACACUGGGAACUAUCCUCUGGGGCCCCGUCCCACACUGGGAACUAUCCUCUGGGGCCCCGUCCCACAGUGGGAACUAUCCUCUGGGGCUCCGUCCCACUCUGGAAACUCUCCUCUGGGGCCCCGUCCCACACUGGGAACUAUCCUCUGGGGCCCCGUCCACUCUGGAGACUGUCCUCUGGGGCCCCAUCCCACUCUGGAAACUGUCCUCUGAGGCCCCGUCCCACCCUGGGAACUGUUCUCUGGGGCCCCGUCCCACUCUGGAGACUGUACUGCCCCAUGGGGUUCUGUUGUACCCUGAUGACUGUCCACUGGGGCCUGCUGCACCACCUUGUGCCCCAUCCUGGACUGAGCUGAAGCAAGCCAUGUAUAUUUGUAUAAAGUUAUUUUUGUACCCAGUACAACAGAGGCGUGAUGGUGAAAGAUGAGGUUCAUGCUGUUUAUCUGCCCUUGGAUGUGCUUGCACAUGUAUGUUAAAAUGUGUUCAUGUCCUUGUGUUUAUCAGCUGCAACUUGAGAUGUACAGUGUGAUAUGUGCAGAGUGCAGUAUGUUCUAAAGAGAGUGUAUGGUAUGGACGUAAAUCUGUGAAGUACAGGGAGUGUGUGGAGUUACAUGUGUGCGGUAUGCUGUAUGUGGAGUUACAUGAGUGUUAUUGAGAGUGUGGAGUUACAUGUAUGAGGUAUGUGGCACGUGGAGUCUCAGUAUCUGGCGGGUGGAAUUACAUGUGCGUGGUACACAGCGUCUGGAGUUACAUGCGUCCAGUACAGAACGUGUGCGAUAUGGAGUGUGUGGAGCUUGCAGAUUUUGUGUAAUGGGUAUUGCAGGUGCUGUAAUAUAAGAGUCGGCUCACUGCAUCCCAGUAGAGCUGUAAAUGUAAUGAAGUGAACAUAGGACAGACUGUGAGAAGCUCCCAAACACAAGAGCAUGUGGGUGACUCACUUUGGAUUUACACCAUCACCUGUGUGUGUGUGUAUGUAGAGUGUAUGUGAGCUCUGUGUGUGAGGCUGAUCCUUCCUGUGCAUCAGCAGCCUUUUGUAGGGCUGCUCAGCUCAUUACAGAGUAUCUCCAGUUUGCCAAGUCCUGCAUGUCCUGGGCUCCUCUCUGCCUGCCUCUGUGUCUGUCAGUUUAUCUGUGGGUGUGUCAGUGGACUGUGUCCUGCUCUUCAAGUUGCUCUGAGAAAAUGUGGGCUUGAGAAACAGCUUAUUGAGCAGCUAUCAACAAGCUGCAGCAGACACAGCCUAGCUCAGCCGGGGGAGCAGGAAGUGGCGUUGUUCCCCAGAUGCUAAAGGUAUGCGUGUAGCAUAGACAUUAGCGUGUGUGUCAGACACAGACUCUGCAGACAGGAGACUUCAGGACAAGCAAACUGUAAACUGUACCAGAGACACAACUGUAUUUAUGCAGUGAUGUGCACACUUGUGUGUGGCCUACGUGCCGACAGCUUUUUAUAAUAAACAUUUAGCGUGGAUGGUGUUA